AUGGGCUCUGUGCAGAAUGGGACGGUUCUGAAUGGGAAGACUCCUGAGUCCCCAGCAAAGUCAAAAUCUCUAUCUGGGCCCGGAAAGAAAGAGAAGCCCCGACGUAGUUAUUUUCGGUGGUCUCUCGCUCUUGCUGUGAGACUUUUCAUUUGGUAUACGGUCCUUACUCCUUUCCUCCAAUGCCCGUCUGAUCUAUCCGGCUUGGAUGGAUCUUCUCCUCGUGUUUGCAAGCCCUACUUGAUCACGCGCUCGUACAUUGAUCCUCAUGUCGACCGCUACUACCAAACUUACGCCGCUCCUUACGUUGACCAAGCACGACCUUAUGCCUCUACCUUUAAUAAGCGCGUUUAUGCUCCCGCAUCGAAAUUCGCGAAACUGGGUUAUGAAGCUUAUGGCGCUCCCACCAUUGCACAUGUCAGCGAAUACGGUCAUGAGAAGUGGGAGUCUGUGGUGGUGCCACAACUCGAGUCCAUUCAGGCCCGAGCGCAAACUGUAUAUCAGGAGAGAUUCGAUCCUUACGUGCGACUGGCUAAAAAGGCUGUGACACCAUAUACGGAUGCCAUUUCCAGUCAUGUAACAAAUAUCUAUGAAGGACACAUUCUUCCCUUGUACACUCGCUCGAAACCAUUUGUCAUACAGACCUAUUCUUCCGGUCAGGAUCUUCUCUUCGGAACUGUGAUUCCUAUUAUUCAAGAAGGAUGGUCUACGCUAGCCGUCUUCGUCAAGAGCAAUCUGGUGCCUACUAUUACGGGUUUAUAUAGCCAAAACGUCGAGCCACAGCUCGUUAAGAUUGGUGAAAGAUUGGCUUCAUACCGCGAAGGCAAGAAGCUGAGAACCGUCGUUGAUGAAUUCGAAAGUUCUACUGCAGUAUCGACUACAUCAACCGCUGCACCUUCGCCGACCUCCAUCAAUAGCUCACAAACCACAGAACUUGCAAAGUCUACAACUCAAAGUGAUGAGGUACAAGCAUCUGUGUCUCCGGAGCAACAAUACGAGAAGACUAGGGAACAGGUCGCUUCCGAUUUACUCCUUUGGCAACAGAAGUUCGCCACAGCUGCUGAUAACGGAGUCGAUGAUCUUGGAGAAAGAGUGGUGCAGAUUGUAAAUAGCCAACUCGAGAGUGGAGCUAGGAAAAACGCUGAAUCGCUGGUCGAGGAGUUGGAAACAGUUCAAGAACAGGAAAUCUCUAAGAUCAAGCAGCAUAUCAAUUCUAUCAUUGAAGGACUUCCAACAUACGAAGCCCAUGAAGAAGAACAGAAAGCGAAUGACGAUCUGCUACAGUUUAUAAGAUCAGCAGGAAGUGCCAUCAAAGACCGUGCUCAUGCCCUUCGCGAAUGGUACAAUGGAUUUGACCAGGAACUUACCGGCAAGGUGGUAACCGCUGCCUACUCGACACUUGAAGUGUUGGACGGGAUCCGCGAUUUGGGACUGCAGGAGAUUGGUAUGCGUUGGGCUUGGAUGGACGGGGUCACUUACAAGGACUGGGAGAAGUAUCACUCAAUGAGGAAGCAGUUCGACGAGUGGAGAGAAGAGGUCUUCUUGGCUGGUGUGCAGCACGAAAAGGUUGAAGAAGCCAGAGCCACAGCGAAUGAUAUUUUGUUGAGAGGAAUGGCUAUCGCUGAAGAUGCAGCCAAGGAACUUUCACGUCUGAAAGAAGUUGGCAAGUGGAAGAUCCAGGCACGAGAAAUCAGCGAUGAUUUUGAGACCAGAAACGAACCGCCUCCACCAUUGUCCAAACCCGAGGAGGAUAUUGUAGAGGAAAGCAAUUCGUCCUCGAGUGAAGAACCAGCUUCAGAGACGGGCGAAUCUGGAGAACCUCCUAUUGUCAUCAAAAGCAUCACCGAGACAUCUACCGUAAAGAUUGAAUUGGCAGACGCAACCCCAGAACCUUCGAAACUUUCUGAAUUUGAUGAGUCUACGGAUGCAGGAGACCUUGAGAACGCCAAUUCGAAGUCGUCAAACGGUGAAAAGGUGGAUGAUGACGACAUCAAUGAUAAGACAGUUUGGGGUGGAGUUGCAGCUCAAGUUGUGACUCACCAAGUGCCUAUACUUGACGACGACGAAGAAAAUGGAUUUACCGAGCAGAUAAAGAGCCUUGCCAGCGAGGCUGGUGAGCGCUACGCAGAAGCGACGAGAGCUGUCGGUGAAGCUUUGUUCGCCCAACCUAGCGCUCCCAGUUACGGUGAUCAAGCAGCCUCUGUGGCACGCGAUCAGUAUUCUCGUGCUCUGGCAACUGCAUCUAGCGUCUUAUAUGGGACGACACCGUCUGUCGGCGAACAGAUUGCUACUGCUGCUUCCGAAAAAUAUGAGCAAGCUGUUGCAGCGGCCUCAUCGGUAUUUUACAAUUUCCCUGGCACGCAUACCAAAUCCUCUGCACUCGAGUCUGUAUCAUCUGUUGCCGCCUCGCGCUUACAGGAGGGCCUCAGUGCGGCCACUGCUCAGUUCGCUAGUUUGAAAGCUUCAAUUACCCCCACUCCUACCUCCACAAGAGAUCCUAUCUUCCUUGAUGCCCAACGUCGCUACUACGAAGCUAUCGGCAUGGCCCACGAUCGUUAUUCGGCAUUCGUCUCGUCUGCAUCCAGUGUAAUCUUCGAAGAGCCUACUCCUACCCCAACGCCACCUCCCUUGGACCCUGAAGCACUUUUGGAAAAUGCCAUCAGCGAGUACCAGUAUAUCUCCGGUCUUGCUUCCUCUAGUUUGGCUGCUGUGAUUUCUUCUGCCAGUUCAGCCGCAGAACGUAGCGGAGGAUCUGCUCGUGGUGUGAUUGAUGAUGCGCUGUCCCGGUAUAGCGACGCCAUGUCGGCAGCCUCUGCGUCGUUGUCUCUAGCUUCUGAGUCUGCCAGCUCAGCAAUAUAUGGGACACCCACUGGAACCUUUGAGUCGAUCACGAGCCAAGCCUCUGAACGCUGGGAAAGUGUUAUUUCCCAAGCCAGCGAACAAAUUUACGGCACACCGGCCCCUUAUAUUCAGCAGUUGUAUGACGCUCAAGCAUCAAGAUAUCAAGCUCUCGAAAGCUUUGUUUCUGAGCUUGUAGUAGGCAAGGAGCCUUCAUUCACUGAGAGUGUGAUGAGCAGAUUACGAUCAGCAUACGAGACACCUUAUCCUGCAGAUGCGCUCUCUUCGGCAUCAAGCUAUGCAAACGAAGCUUACUCUUCGGCCUCCUCGUUUGUUGCUACUCACGCGACACCAGCACCUGUUUUAGACGAUAUUGUGAAGGCAGCUACGGAACAAUUGAACUCUGCCGUAGACGCUGCGAGCGGUUACGUUUACGGCACUAGCAAGGGCCCCUACGAACAAGCCACAUCCGCAGCCGCGGAUGCGUACUCAUCCGCAUCUUCGCAUGUCAGCGAAGCCAUCUAUGGGACUCAACCGGGUUACAUUGAGGCAGCUAGGUCUCAGAUAGAUGCUGCGUUCUCCUCUGCUCAAAUAGCUAUCAGCACGGCAAUCUACAGCACCCCAACCGGCCGUGCUGAGGGUGCGAUGAGUGCUGCUAGUGAUACUUAUGACUCCGUCACUUCCGCAGUCAAGGACAAUGUCGCCGCUGCCGAAUCUAUGAUGAGCAGCGCUUACUCGAAUAUUCACUCGCAAGCCUCAGCUGCACUUCUUCCAGAGCAACAGGGUGCUUUAGAAAGUGCCACCAGCAAACUAGCACUAGCCCUCGAAAGUGCACAAGCACGCCUUGCAGAUCUCGCUUCUAACGUAGGCGAGGGUGCUUCCAAGAUCCAGUCUGAAGCCGGAUCUGUGGUCGAAACGGCUCAAACUGUCAUUAUCAGUGCAACAAGCAAAAAUAAGGACGAGUUAUAA